AUGACCCAGCAACAGCCGCCAAGAGCUGGACUCCAGCGCGUGGGACCCGGCGAUGUGUACCCGGUGCACGGGGACCCGGCCGCCCGAGUCCAGCGUGAGGAGGCCCUCUCCGGUAACCGUGACCCCGGCGAACCUGGCCUCGCCGUCACCGAGACUGACCUCCCCGGUCAACGCCUCAUCACCACCGUCUCCGGCGGCCAGGUGGUGUCGCAGUUCGCGGUGCCGGCGCCGUCGGAGGCGAAGGGGGCGGGCGACGAGGUGACGAUCGGCCAGGCGCUGAAGGCAGCGGGAAUGACGGCCGGUGACAGACCCGUGGGCCGCGCCAACAAGGCCGCGGUGCAGGUGGCGGAGGUGAGGGCCACGGGGCUCGGCGGUCCUCUCGCAGGUGGACUGGGGUCGGCGGCUGCCGAGGCGAACGCCCGGGUGGGGAACGCGGCCCAGAGGGCGACAAUCGGGGACGUGCUCGCGGACGCGGCGGCGCGGCUCCCGGCGGACAAGGCGGUGACGAGGGAGGACGCAGAACGGGUGAGGGCGGCGGAGGAGACGAACUACGAAGGCGGGGAGGAUAGGGAGCAGGAGGAGGGCGGGGUGGCGGCGGCGGUGAUGGCGGCCUCCGGUAUCAAUGCGGCGAGGAUCAAGUAG